CGCGCGGGCGGGCUCGGCAUCAACCUGACCGGCGCCGACACCGUCGUGCUGUACGACUCGGACUGGAACCCGCAGGCAGACACUGCGGGCCGGUGGGCGCAGGACCGCGCGCACCGGAUCGGCCAGACGCGGCCGGUGACGGUCUACCGACUGCUGAUGGAGGGCACGCUCGAGGAGAAGGUUGUGGAGCGUGCGGAGCGGAAG